GAUCUUAGAGAGCAUCAAAUAUUUAUCAUAUUUUAUAAAUCCAGCUCCACAACGUUUUUUUCUUCUUCUUCUUUUUUUUUUUUUUUUUUUCCACAUUAUACGAGCUGUGGGAUGCAUGGCCUGGAUUGGGUGCUGGGAAGUCACGUGUCCUGCAGUCACAUGGUCUGGGAGGAAAAAGGGGGUCCUUUUUGGUGUAAAUCUGGACUCUAAUUCUGUAAUAUAUCACGGUACCUCGUAAAACCGACACUAAAACGUCCCGGCCUACAAAUCAUCCGGCCAAAUUAUGAGUUCAUUGUAUUAUGCCAAUGCUUUAUUCUCCAAAUAUCCAACUGCAACUUCUGUCUUCCCAUCCGGAGUCUUCCCGGAGCAAACUUCGUGCGCCUUUGCUUCCAAUUCGCAGCGCACGGGCUAUGGCUCGGGGAGCGGCGCUUCAUUCCCUGGAUCCAUGGCCGGGAUAUACAGCAAUGGGAGCAGCAUGCACCCCCAGACCCCGGCUAUGUACCCUCCCUCCGGCUACGGGCUGGAGGCUGCCUCCUUUAAUAUGCACUGUUCUCCCUUUGAGCAGAACCUUUCCCUGAUGUGUUCUGGUGACUCCUCCAAGAACUGCACAAAGAGCGAACAGAGAGACUCUGACCUGCACAAUGAGAGCAACUUCCGAAUCUACCCCUGGAUGAGGAGCACAGGCACCGACAGAAAGAGAGGCCGCCAGACAUACACCAGGUACCAGACCCUGGAGCUGGAGAAGGAGUUCCAUUACAAUCGCUACCUGACAAGGCGGAGGCGCAUCGAGAUCGCUCAUGCUCUGUGUCUGACUGAACGACAGAUCAAAAUCUGGUUCCAGAACCGCAGGAUGAAAUGGAAAAAAGAGAACAAGGCUUCCAGCCCUUCCUCAAACAGCCAGGAAAAGCCGGAGACUGAGGAAGAGGAAGAGGAGUGACCAGACCCCUAAAAAGACUGGUGCCCCCCUCCACAAGAUCCACUGGAUCCUGUCAUACUACCUAGAUCCCUUUUAUACUAUAGGGUUAGCUACCUACCCCCCCCCCCCCCUCCCCAAAAAAUGUGGUAACAGAGUAGAUCCAUAUUGAUGUGACUCCAUUUAGCAAAUUUGCAGGUCCUGGAAAGUUCUCGAGACUCCAGAACAGAGAGACCCUAAAAAAAUUAAAAAAAAUUAAAUUAAAUAGAAUCCAACGAUUGUGACUGUGUUUUAGCUCCUCGGAUUUACCUGUGAAGGGACAAUCCCAAGUGUCUGUGUAUAGGACUGUGCUUUGUGUUAUCCCCGUCCUAAUAAUGACGUCCUGUGGUUGAUAGUCACAAAGCUGUGGUGGCUUAGUAAAGUAAAAUAAAAUAAAUGAAAUAGUUGUCUUUAUUUGAACCAGAACAACUGACCAUUCUCGUCAUGUAUUGUGUGUGUGAGUGUGAGUGUGUGCAGAAAUAUGUGCUGUAUUAUUAUAAUUUAAUCAUAGUGAUUGAUUUUUAUCCUUGUUUGUAAAUGUAUAUUUCCAACGAAUAAUAAAAUAAAACAAAUG